AUCUCUCAUCCGUCACCUUCGUGUCAGCGACUCUCCGUCUCUGUCUCUCUGCCAAAACCUCAGAUCGGAAAAUCCGAAAUUCGAAAAACCCUAAGUUUCAGAAGAUGAGCAUCGCUCGUUUCGCUACUCGGUCACUCAACAACGUAACUUUCCUUCGACCAUUUCGUCCCAUCGUCUCUAGAAGCCUCGCCACCAACGCCAACGAAGAUCCAAACCAGAAUCGAUCUUCUUUUGACUCAUCGGACAAUUUGGAUUCGUUGUUUGGCGAUUACACUGGCAACGAUGAGAAAAGCAAUGAUUUCUUCCAGCAUCUUAGUAAAGCGGAGAAAGAUAAGCGCGAUUUCAAUGGCUAUAAUAGAUCAGGAGGGUCGAGAUACUCCGGUGGUGGUUCAAUGAGCAAAGACGAGACCUUCGAUCCUUCAUCUGAUGGUGUUGAUGGAAAAUUGAAAGAAGCUGCACUAGCUUACAAUAUGGAUGAAGGAGAUGGCUUUAAGGAGUACUCUUUUAGGCCCGAUUUCAACAACAGUUGGGGCAUGAAUAACUUCCCUAGGAUGCAAAAACAGAUGCAAAAUCCUAGACAGAAUAAUAGCAAGUCUGAGGUAACUACUGAGGAAGUUCUGAAGAAUGCUGAUUUCAGGAAUGUUAGGUUCCUUGCAAACUUCAUCACUGAAGCUGGGAUCAUUAUUAAGAGGAAGCAGACUGGCAUUAGCGCAAAGGCUCAAAGAAAGAUUGCUAGAGAGAUCAAAACAGCCCGUGCAUUUGGGCUGAUGCCUUUCACAACAAUGGGUACAAAGGCAUUUCAGUUCGGGAAAACCAUGGAGAACAGAGACCAAGAUUUCGAGUAUGAAGUGCUUGAUGAUGAUGAUGAGUUUGACGAGGGAAAUGCUUGAAUCUGAAGUUUGGAGCGGGUUAGUUUUCAUUUCUCGGGGAUUUGGUCAAUAUUUGGAAUAAGCUGACCUUACCAAGUUGAGAAAAUACGUGAAUGACUGUAUUUCAAUUGCUGCUAUCAGUUUUCAAGUUGUUCAGAUGUCACUUUAGGUUCCUCCCAAUACCAAAGGAUUAGGAUUUGUAUCUCAUGGCUCUAGUUUGUUACUUUGAAGAUCUGGGUCAGACUGAUUAUUUAUCAUUGCGUCUCUCAUCACCCAAUGUAUUUGUAAGAUUACGGUUUCUUUCUUUAUUCUAUUAAUCAAGUCGUAAUCAAUUA